CCGCGCCCGCCGAGCCCCCCGGCCGUCCCAGCGGCGGGGCUGGGGCUGCGCGCGUGGCCGGGCCGGGCGGGGAGGCCGGUCCCGCGGGCGGGGGCGGCUCCCGGUUCUCCCGCCGCCGCGGCCCAGGGGAGUUUCCAGGAAGUGGCCAUAUUGGAUCCAUUCAGCCGCAGCCGCCCGGGCGCAGCGCGCCCCGCAGCCCGCGCCGACCUCGCCAUGGCGGCCACCGAGCUGGAGCGCCUCCCGAACGCGGAGCCGGAGCCACGGCCCCUCUCCCUGGGCGGCCAUGUGGGCUUCGACAGCCUCCCCGACCAGCUGGUCAGCAAGGCAGUCACUCAGGGCUUCAGCUUCAACAUCCUCUGUGUGGGGGAGACGGGCAUCGGCAAGUCCACCCUGAUGAAUACGCUUUUCAACACCACCUUCGAGACCGAGGAGGCCAGUCACCACGAGGAGUGCGUGCGUCUACGGCCCCAGACCUACGACCUCCAGGAGAGCAACGUGCACCUCAAGCUGACCAUAGUGGACGCCGUGGGCUUCGGGGAUCAGAUCAACAAGGAUGAGAGUUACAGGCCCAUCGUCGACUACAUUGAUGCGCAGUUUGAAAACUACCUGCAGGAGGAGCUGAAGAUCCGCCGCUCACUCUUCGACUACCACGACACGAGGAUCCACGUGUGCCUCUACUUCAUCACCCCCACCGGCCACUCCCUCAAGUCCCUGGAUCUGGUGACGAUGAAGAAGCUUGACAGCAAGGUGAACAUCAUCCCCAUCAUUGCCAAGGCCGACACCAUCUCCAAGAGUGAGCUCCACAAGUUCAAGAUCAAGAUCAUGGGCGAGCUGGUUAGCAACGGGGUCCAGAUCUACCAGUUCCCCACCGAUGACGAGGCUGUAGCAGAGAUCAAUGCAGUCAUGAAUGCGCACCUGCCCUUUGCCGUAGUGGGCAGCACCGAGGAGGUGAAGGUGGGGAACAAGCUGGUCCGAGCACGGCAGUACCCUUGGGGAGUGGUGCAGGUGGAGAACGAGAACCACUGCGACUUCGUGAAGCUGCGGGAGAUGCUGAUCCGCGUGAACAUGGAGGACCUGCGGGAGCAGACGCACAGCCGCCACUAUGAGUUGUACCGGCGCUGCAAGCUGGAGGAGAUGGGCUUCCGGGACAGCGACGGCGACAGCCAGCCCUUCAGCCUGCAGGAGACCUAUGAGGCCAAGAGGAAGGAGUUCCUCAGCGAGCUGCAGCGGAAGGAGGAAGAGAUGCGGCAGAUGUUCGUCAACAAAGUGAAGGAGACCGAGCUGGAGUUGAAGGAGAAGGAGAGGGAGCUCCACGAGAAGUUUGAGCACCUGAAGCGGGUCCACCAGGAGGAGAAGCGCAAGGUGGAGGAGAAGCGCCGGGAGCUGGAGGAGGAGAGCAGCGCCUUCACCCGCAGGAAGGCCGCCGUGGAGGCCCUGCAGAGCCAGGCCCUGCACGCCACCUCGCAGCAGCCGCUCAGGAAGGACAAGGACCGGAAGAAAGCCAGUGGCUGGUCUUCCAUUUACAGUGUCACUAUUCCCUGACGGAGCCACUCUGUGCCACUAAAGAAGGUGCCUGCCUGGCCGGCGAGGGACCCUCCCGAGGGAGGCCUGGACCCCCCGGGACCAAGCUGCACAACAGGCCCGAUUCCUUGCCUGUUAAGUUUUCUAACCUAGAGCUUUAUUGCAAUAAUACCUUUUAAAACACUUCUAAAGUUUUUUUUUUUCUUUUGGCACAGUGAACACAAAUAAUAAUCCUCUCCCUCCCAUUAUUUUCUUAAGUAACACAGAUUCCCUGAUUUUUAAAAACUAAAAAGUGCCCUCAGCCUUUUUUUUUAUGUAUAAAGUCUCCCUUCUGUCGCCAGGGAGAGGUGAUAAUAAACGACCUGUGGUGGCAGUGUUUGGAGAUUUCUUUCCCAGUGACUGUGGAGCGUCACCAAGACCACACGCAGUGCUCUUCCUGCGAAUGUAAAUGGAACAGCAGCCUCAGUGCCACUGCCUGCUCCCACGGUGCUGCCUUCCACACGGACCAUCUCUCUAUGUGUGUGUGCGUGCAUGUGUGUGUGCGAGUGCGUGUGUGUUUGUGUGUGUGGUGUUUGACUCCAUCCAACCAAGACUCCCCUCCCCAAACCACUCCUGCAUGUUCUAAAUGUCAAGAGGACUCAGCUGGAAAAAGUGUUUGUUUUGUUUUUUUUCUCGCUUGAGGUUAUUGUUUCUCUUUUUGUGGCUGAGUCACAGGGCCAAGAGAUGAAGGUGUCAUUUAAUGCACGUGGGCAAUUUAAGGAAAAACAAACGAACAACAAAAUCCUCUUGGCCCAGCAGCUAACUCCUUUCUGCUGCAUUCUUAAAGGGAACACUUUAAGAGAGGCCCAGGGACGUUGAUUCUUCUGUGGUCCUGUUGGUUUGCAAGCCACUGGGAGGGCAUCAGGGUUGAAAAUGUGGCCUAGUAAAAUGGGAGAUGAGAAAUUAAAAGACAGAAGGAUUUUAAAAGCUCUGUGCUGGGUGCAGCCUCAAGUAGCUCCGAGCCCCACGUCCCCACCAGCUGGAGGUCUUAGGAAGCCGGAUUGGUAGUUUAGGGCCUGUUCUGUGUGUUCUCCACCUGCCCAUUUCUCUCCUCUCUGCCCGGGCCUGACCAAGACCCGGCUUCCUCCUGCCUGUCUGAGAUUUCUUCAAUUCAGAAGGGGCCAGAGAGGUCAGUUGUGUGUGUCCACUGGGGCACAGCCAGAAAAGAACAGUUUCGAGUCCAGAGGGGGCCCCACAGGCCGAAAGAGUAGGGUCAAAGUGAACGCUCGCCAGGUCUUUUGCUAUAACCAGGGGUGCGCCCGGAUUUUGAGGUACUCGAAGCUUGAACUAUUUGAGAAGCUGUUGUUAAGGUAAAGGAUGUGAAUAUAAAACUAGGCACAGGAUCUUGAAGGUGCCUGAAGAUUAAGCUUCAUUAACUUCAUAGUAAAUCCCCCGCUGGGCGAGAGGGUAGCAGCCUGCUUCAGUGCGGUCUCCAGAAAGAGCAACUAGCCGCCCUGUUAGGGCAGACAGGAACUGUGAAUGGCUCAUCUUAGGGGACGUCUGUGUCUGACUUCUGUGUCUGCAAGUGACCAAAGCAUGGCCUUUCAGAAGGCCUGUGCGGGCUGACUCCAGAGAUGAGGCACAGGGACCAGCAGGUUUGCUGUCAUAUAAGAAGCGAGGACCCCCGACUCCUGGGCCACCUGGGGAGACUGGCAUGAGCAGAUGCUGCCACCUGCCUGCAUACCACCACCUGGGCCUCUCCCCUCCCCUGCACCCCCAUCCCCAGCAAUCCCCUUCAUGGUUGCGUUCUGAGGCCCCAUCUGCCCUGCAGGCUGCAUCAGUGUUAGUGGGUCUCACUGUAAUUCUUGUGUUUGGAAUUCUGUCAUUGUUAGCUGAGUCCAAAUCAGCCCCCAGUGCACCAGGGAGCCUUGAAACUUCUCAUGGAAUGGGACUCCCCAGUCACAGGGUCUGCUCCUCCCAUUCCUUCUGUCACUUUGUUGGGAUUGCCCACGGGAUCACGUAGGCAGCUCCUAGCGUGGUUUCCAUUCAUUAUGUUGACUUUGGGUAGAAUCACCAUAUAAUUUAUUGUUCAAACUGAGGGGUCUGGAAAAGACAGAGAUGCUAAUUAUGCCAGAUCAACAGGCAUCAGCCAGAAGUGUCUCAGGCAGAUGGGGAGGCGUGGUCCCCCUGGCUGUAGGGACCUGAGUUUAGGUGCUUUGCAGCGGUGCAGACUGACUGCAUGUUUGUCUGUGUCUGUCUCCCUCCCUGUGGCGUGGGGCUCGUUACUGGCUGAGGGGACUGAGGGAAGUGUGACUUGCUAGUCUGUUAUGUUAUCAUGCUUUUCUGAAAUUGCUCCACGUGUUAAUUCAUUUACUCCAUCGUUGACUGUUUUUGUUUUAUCUUCACUUUGUACUUUUUGUUCCAUUAAAUUUUGCAUUUAUUUUGA